GCCUAGUGGUCCCCACUCAUGGUCGUCUUUUCCUUGUGAUUCCGUGUAUCGCAUGAUGUGAGUGGAGGGAAAAUAAAGAGGCAGCAGAGACUACGCUGCUCAUUCCUACCAAAAUGGGAGCAUCGAAGUUUGCCAUUCGGAAAACUGACUUCCUUCUACGGCACCAUGAACCGUCGGAAUUUAUCCGAGCCCAGGCCGGAAGGAGUAACGGCGAGAUUCUAAAGGCCCUCAAGAACCUCAACAUCAAGAAGGUCUUCAUCUGGAGAGUCGUGAAGCGAUUCAAGGAGACUGAUACUGUAGCCAGCCGUCCCAGGAUCGGUCGUUUGAGGUCCCAGCGCACUCCAACCGUCAUCAGGGCUGUCAAAGUCAAGAUUCGCCGGAACCCCCAGAGAUGCAUGCGCCAGAUGGCCAAGGAAGGAAACAUGAGCGAGAACUUGCCACUUCCUACAGAAGUGGCAAGCAUGCUCAAGAAAGUGGUCUUCAUGAACGAGAAGAAUUUCACGAUCCAGAGCAUCCACAACUGCCACAACGACAAGGUCCUUGCUAAAGAUAUCUCCAAGGUUCCCGACGAAGCUGAACUGUCGGAAGGCCACGGUUUCCUGGACGAGAUGAAUUGGGCCUUGAAGACCUCUUGGAUUUUGGGGAACAUUUCCCAUAAUGCUGCCUUCAUUGUCACCAUUGCUUACUGGAGUCUUCUUUUCGCUCCAGGAGAGGUAGUGUCAUUGAGUAAUGGAGUGGCCCACAUUUCAAAUGCCCUUCAAGUGAUGAUGAACUUGUGCAUUGACCUCCGUCCGUUUCGGAUUCACCAUUUCUACAUUCCUUUCGUCUACUCCUCCGUCUACAUCAUAUUCACGGGGAUCUAUUUCGCUGCCGGGGGAACGUAUAACGCAGAUGGCGCCAAGUCUCUUCGUCGUCCAGUGUCUCCUUUGGCUUUUGUCUCGUAUUUUCAGGAAGUUGUGGACCUUGUGCCUGGGCGAGGGACACCAGCUUCCUCUAGUAAAAACGUGAUCCGAGAGUACGAUUGA